AUGGCGACAAACUUUGACUUAAACGAUUUGACUGUAGAACAACUUAUGGCCCUCAGCGAGAUAAUUGAUGAUAGCGAUAGUAGCGACAUUGAUGACAAAGUUGAGGAAAUAUUUACGGACGAGUUCUAUCGAGUUGCACCUAAGGAUAAGGGCAAAGAUCCCUUUGAAGGACAAAGACAAUUCAUAGACGAAGGCGACCGUUCUACGGAUCCUAAGAAGCCAAGACGGCUUCCACUUAACUAUAAAGGCAGAAGAGGAAUUAUGCCAACAUGGAAGUAUUCCGAAAGACAAAAGGCUAAGGCCCUACUUGUUGAGGAGGCAUACCAGAGUUUACUAAGUAGGGGAGUCAAAGGUUUACCACCAACAAUGGGAGGAAGAUGGCGAACAGAUGAUCCACAGGUAAAUGCUGAAAUUAAGAGACUCGAAAACGAGAGGAACCCCAAGCGUCCCAGAGGAAGGCCACCAAAGCCUAAGUCUGAUGCAGGAGCAAAGGUUCCCAGAGGUAGACCAGCAAAGCCUAAGACUGAUGCUAAAGUUGCGAUUCCUAAGAAGCGUGGAGGACCACCGAAGCCUAAGUCUAACGCCGAAGUUAAGGAGAGAACUUAA